AUGCAAUUCUCUACCAUUCUCGCCAUCUUCGCGGCUUCCUUCGUCGCUGCCGCACCCUCCACCUCCCCCUUGGAGGUUCGAAAGGAUCCCGGUGCUAUCGUCACCUGCGAGACUCAGACAGCAGUCGAUCAGGUCGCCUGCAUUGAGAAAUGCGUCGCAAACCCUUCUUGCAUCACCGCUUGCUCGUUGGACGCCGCUAACAAGUACACUGCUUGCGCCGUUUAA